AUGCUAAACGCCCUCGAGGGUGACCCCCUAAUGAGGACCUCGUCAACGUCACUCACGAAACUUGAGAAAAUCUUGGAUGACAAUGGCGAGGGAACGAAACGAGUGGAAGAGAUGCUGGGGUCCGCAUGUCCAGUGAAGAAGGGCCAUCCAAGUUUUAUGGAUGGAGAUGGCGAACAUCAAAAAGAUUGUCUAUUUGAGCCCACAGAAGAAAAUACGACGCUUUUCUCAAGGAGCGGCUAA